GUUCACGGAGCGUACACUGAGAUGUCUGUAUUCCUGAAACAAACCUGCUUCCCCCAGCCUCUCUGGCAUCCUGCAGGGGAUUCUUCAGCCCUGGCUUUCGAAGACCGAUAAAUAUUCACCAACUAUGGAAACUAUAACUCAUCUUCCAGAAGUCAAAGAGGGCAAGUGUUUCUUUCCAUUCCACUAUAGAGAUGGAAUCUUCUAUGACUGUGUCCAGUUCAAGGUAAAACACAAGUGGUGUUCCUUGAAUGAAACUUACGAAGGAUAUUGGAAGUACUGUUCUGAAGAAGACUUUGCAAAAUGUGUGUUUCCCUUCUGGUACAGACACCUCAUUUACUGGGAAUGUACCAAGGAUGGGGAUUCGUUUGGGAAAGCAUGGUGUUCACUCACCCAGAAUUAUAACAAGGACAAGGUUUGGAAAUACUGUGACUGAUGGUGAGAUUUAUUUAGGGGAGGACAUGAAGAUGUUUAGUUGUUCUCAUGGGAAAGAUUGUACAAUUUUGGUUGGGAAAGGAGCAUGUAAGACUCUCAUUAAAAGAAUUUUAUUCUGAGAUACGAAUGGAAGGUGAUUGGCUGUA